UCAGACGUGCUUGCUGUCAAAUCCAGUUCGCAAUCAAAACAAGGAACAGUAUACGGGGUGAAAACAUUUGUCGUUUUAAGUAGAGUCGCACUUGACAAAACAAUUCAGUUCUAAAAUGGACAGCUUGCAUCAUUGACGUCGAAGUGAGGUCCAAUGUACAAAAUUGGCCUUUAAUUCGCUCCUCGUGAGGUCGAUGUGACGCGAGUCACGUGCCGCUUCCAGUCAGCUGAAGCCAGGAGGAAGUAGCUUCAUGCUAACGUGGCUAAGUAGCCUGCUAGUACCAACAUUUGUCCGUCUCCUUUUUAUUGACACUCUUUUUUUAGUUUUAGAGUGGUGGUCGUAGUUUUGUACAUAACUCAGUGGACUGAGCUAGUUAUUAAUUGGUCUGGAAAGAGGCGCUCGUCUCUUGGUAACUUCUUAGCUUGGGAGCUAACAGUCAGUUGUUGUUUUGGUGCUGGACACAACUUGGCAGCAAUAGGAAAUUAUUUCUUUUUGUCUUUUUUUUUUUUUUUUUCCCCUCCGCGGUCCGUGAACGUUAACGCUGCCGCGGUUGUUUAAUGAAGGUCCCACCGUGAGCGGCGGCCACCCAGUGGAGCCCUCUCUUCCUCACUCCCGGCUCGGAACCACCGGGGCGCUCCCCCUGAGAGAGUCAAGAUGCACGACGCCUACGAGCCGGUGCCGAUUUUGGAGAAGCUUCCUCUCCAGAUUGACUGCAUGGCCGCCUGGGAGGACUGGCUGCUAGUCGGGACCAAGCCCGGGCAUCUCCUUUUGUACCGGAUUAAAAAGGAUGCAGCCACCAACCACUUUGAAGUCACGCUCGAGAAAUCCAACAAGAACUUUUCCAAGAAGAUCCAGCAGCUCUACGUUGUCUCGCAGUACAAAAUACUCGUCAGUGUUCUGGAGAACAACAUCCACGUCCACGACCUGCUGACGUUCCAGCAGAUCACCGUGGUGUCCAAAGCCAAGGGAGCUACGCUCUUUGUAUGUGAUCUCCAGCAAAGCAGCUCAGGAGAGGAGACGCUCCGAAUGUGCGUCGCCGUGAAAAAGAAACUUCAGAUGUACUACUGGAAGGAUCGUGAUUUCCACGAGCUUCAGGGGGACUUUGGUACUCCGGAUAUUCCGAAGUCCAUGGCCUGGUGUGAGAACUCCAUUUGUGUUGGUUUCAAAAGAGAUUAUUACCUCAUCCGGCUGGACGGGCGCGGCACCAUCAAGGAGCUCUUCCCCACCGGCAAACAACUGGAGCCGCUCGUCACCCCUCUGGCCGACGGCAAGGUCGCCGUCGGGCAGGACGACCUCACUGUGGUGCUGAACGAGGAGGGGAUUUGCACCCAGAAGUGUGCCCUGAACUGGACCGACAUCCCCAUAGCUAUGGAGCACCAGCCUCCGUACAUCAUCGCGGUGCUUCCUCGCUACGUGGAGAUCCGGACCUUGGAGCCCCGGCUCCUGGUGCAGAGCGUGGAGCUCCAGAGGCCUCGGUUCAUCACGUCCGCCGGGCCUAAUGUCGUGUAUGUGGCCAGCAACCAUUUUGUGUGGCGCCUGGUGCCCGUGUCCAUCGCCACCCAGAUCCGACAGCUCCUGGAGGACAAGCAGUUUGAGCUGGCGCUUCAGCUGGCAAAGAUGAAAGACGACUCGGACGGUGACAAGAAACAGCAGAUCCAUCACAUCCAGAACCUGUACGCCUUCAAUCUGUUCUGCCAGAAACGAUUUGACGACUCCAUGCAGGUUUUCGCCAAACUGGGCACGGAUCCCACCCACGUGAUCGGCCUGUACCCGGACCUGCUGCCCUCCGAUUACCGCAGGCAGUUGCACUACCCCAACCCCCUGCCGGCGCUGUCUGGAGCGGAGCUGGAGAAGGCUCACCUGGCUCUCAUCGAUUACCUCACCCAGAAACGCAGCCACCUGGUGAAACAACUCAACGACUCGGACCCGUCCACCACGUCGCCGCUCAUGGAAGGCACGCCCACCAUCAAGAGCCGCAAGAAGCUGCUGCAGAUCAUCGACACCACACUGCUUAAGUGCUACCUGCACACCAACGUGGCCCUGGUGUCCCCCCUCCUGCGCCUGGAGAACAACCACUGCCACAUCGAAGAGAGCGAGUACGUCUUAAAGAAGGCGCACAAGUACAGCGAGCUCAUUAUUCUCUACGAGAAGAAAGGCCUGCACCAGAAAGCUCUGCAAGUUCUUCUGGACCAGUCCACCAAGGCCAACUCCCCUCUGAAGGGACACGAACGCACCGUGCAGUACCUUCAGCGGCUCGGAGUCGAGAAUCUGGGCAUGAUCUUCGAGUUCGCUCCCUGGGUGUUGAAAAUGUGUCCCGAAGAUGGGCUGAAGAUCUUCACCGAGGACCUGACCGAGGUGGAGACGUUGCCGCGGGACAAGGUGCUCAAUUUCCUGAAGGAGGGCUUCAAGGAGCUGGCCAUCCCGUACCUGGAGCACAUCAUCUACGUGUGGGACGACAAGGGCCCCGAGUUCCACAACACUCUCAUCCAGCUCUAUCUGGAACGGGUCCAAAGUCUGAUGAAGCAGUACCUCAACUCGCUGCCAGAAGGAGUUGCGGCUGUGCCGGCGGGGAUGGAGCAAGGUGAGCUGGGAGAGUUCAGGAACAAGCUGCUGUCCUUUCUGGAUAUUUCCGGCAGUUACGAGCCAGCGCGCCUCAUAAGUGACUUCCCCUUUGAUGGUCUCCUGGAGGAGCGUGCGCUGCUGCUUGGGCGCAUGGGGAAGCACGAGCAGGCGCUUUUUAUCUACGUGCACAUCCUGAAGGACACACGCAUGGCUGAGGAAUACUGUCACAGCCAUUACAGCAGCUCUGUGGAAAGUGAUAAAGACGUGUAUCUGUCCCUGCUGAGGAUGUACCUGUCCCCUCCGGACGCGCACUGCUUGGGGCCCAUCAAGAUGGAGCUGUCGGAGCCUCAGGCCAACCUCCAGGCCGCCCUGCAGGUCCUGGAGCUCCACCACAGCAAGCUCAACACCACCAAGGCCAUCAACCUGCUGCCGGCCAACACUCAGAUCCGCGAGAUCCGAGUCUUCCUGGAGAGCGUCCUGGAGGAGAAGGCUCAGAGGAAGCGCAGCAACCAGGUGCUCAAGAGUCUACUGCAGGCGGAGUUCCUCAGGGUGCAGGAGGAGCGCAUCUUCCACCAGCAGGUCAAAUGCGUCAUCACGGAGGAGAAGACGUGCAGAGUGUGCAAGAAGAAGAUCGGGAACAGUGCGUUCGCCAGAUAUUCCAACGGCGUGGUGGUGCACUACUUCUGCUGCAAAGACCGCAACACAUGUCCCACCGAAUAAGACCCCCCCACCUCCCACUCCACCUUCCGGUUUCACCAUAACUUGGAAAUAAAAUAAAAUCCACUUCCCGCCGACCCCCCCCCCCCCUCGGAGACACUUCUGGAAGUAUGUGCGAAUGUUACAAGCGCUCAGAACAAAAACAUGGUGGCCUUUUUUUUUCAUUUUUUUUUUUUUUUUUUUAGAUGACAUUUGUAGCCACAGAGCAAAGAGGACUUAAAAUGGACGCCAAGGACACGAUCGAGGACGCUCGACUGUUAACGCCUUUUUCUGACUCAAGAUUGUACGCGAAGGUGGUCUUUUUUUUUUUUUUUUUGAAGCAUGAAGAAUCACCUUAAAAGUGUUUUUAACGUUCUGGUCCUGCUACAUUUUUUUUUUCCUCCAGUCAUGUUCACCUUUAAUCACAAAUUCAUCGGGGGAAUUCUGUGAAGGAAAAGCAACGGCAGGAUCGCUCGAGCGCAGCACUUUAAAAAAAAAAAAAGUGGACAGUUUAUUUAUCAAUUUUGGGAUAGGUACUGGAAAUUUGAACGUGGGGGGGGGGGGGGAUGUUGAAUUUGUGCAUUUCAGCGCGAUUUGUUACUGUUACUGUUACGAGCACUGAAGCGUCCGAUCGACCCCGUUUGAACGGCUUCGCCGCGUCCGACACGCCUACUGUAAAUGUUUACACGCGUCCUGCUGCGCUUUUGAAACUUCUUUUCGAGCGUUUUUGUCCGCCUUUCGUUUCUAAUAAAUAUUUUGCAGCAGGAUGCGGGAUGUUUGACUGUUGUCGUCCAGACUCAAUAAAGUAACAGAGCAAAUCCA